UUUCGUUCCCAACUUUUCUUUGUACAGAUGAACAAGGGCCUCAACCUGAUACGACACACCAUAGCCGAACUCUUGACUUUUCCCCUCCGUUUUUUCUUUAACGAAUCUAUUCGUUUAUUAUCUUCCUUCCUUCGACGUUUACUUUUCAAAUCCAUCCGUUUCGUGGACUCUCUACUCUUUCCCUCUCCAUCCGAAGAUGCCGACGACGUUUUUGCCCUCUUCGAUCACUCCUUCUCCCCCCUUCAGCAACCAUCUUUGUCCAAUUCCACUGAACCCCUCGUCUUAGUCUCCUUCAGGUGGUGGAAGGAGGCUAGAGAGGCUGUGUGUAGUGGUGGCGGCGACGACGGCGGCGUUUUGUAUAAUGGGACGGCACAAUUGACUGUUGCUGGCGAGGAUGAGGAAAAGAAGGUGGGCAUGGCAGUCGGAAGUUGGGAUUCGGAGAUUCUAGUGAUUAUGAAGAGAGAAGGGGAAGCGAAGAUUAGUGAAGAAGUAAGGGUUUCAAGCUAGGGGGAUUUGCCUUGGUUUCAGAGUGGAUGUUUUUGACAGCUCUUAAAUGGUGGUGAGCGACAGUUAUCAUUCAAAUUAGCUUUUUUUUUCUUUUUUCUAUUUUUUUGAAUCAUUUUCUGAGUGUUACUUUAGUAGUUGCAAAAAAAUAAAAAUAAAUAAUUGAUUAGUUGAUGAAGUUAUAAUCUAUAUAUCUGACCAGCACCUGUAGUUUUUUAGGGUUGCAUUGAACUUCUCUUGUAUGCAAUUGAUGGAAGAGUAUAAAUGACUCAAGCUUGGUUCCAUUGUUAAAUGUUAAAUCUGAAGUUGUCUUCUGUUGA